CACCAUGUUGUGAGCGAAGAGCGAUUGCAUGGAGGCAUUCUUAUUCCAGAACAAAUAAUAGAAGGACAAAUAGAAGGCGAACGCCAACAUCACAGACACAUACUAGCUAGUACCGUACCAUCACACCCCACAAUCCCAAGAGACUGCAGUAAUAGCUAGACUAUUAUUAUUAUUAAUACUAGUACUAGUACAAGAUGCCCGGACGCCGCAGCCGCCCACGGCUGGAUCGAUCGUGCAAGAAGCGGCAGAAACUGGACCAAGACGGCCGCUGGUUGAACAAUAAUAACAACGCGGCAUCGACGCCGAGUUCCUACGAUGACUUGCCACCGAACAUUUGGGCCAAAGCGUUGGACUUUCUGCCCAUGUCGGACGUGUUGAAUUGCAGUAUCGCCAGCAAGUUUUUCCUACAUCAAGUGUCUCCAUUGAUUCGGUAUCUGCUGGUGAGAAGCAGUGCCAAUUUGUUGGGCCACAAGGCACGCCAACGCUUUUCGGGUGUGUGCAAUAUUUUCAUUUACACGUUGAUUGAACCGACACCCGAAGAACCGACGCGUCCCAAAUUCUGUUUUGCCACGAGCAGUCAAUUGGUGCCAUUUCUAGGCAGUUUUCCCAAACUCAAAUUCUGUUUUGUCGGUGGCUAUGGUACCAAACCCCAAACGACGUUCAAGCUAGUAGAAGGACCCGUCUUGGGAAUGCCCAUUCCCUCUUGGGAUACUACCAAUAACCGUCAUCCGCGAGCACUCUUUCAAGCUGUUGCGGCCUUUUUUUCGUGGAAUUUGGAAGAACCCUACGAACCCAUUCGACAAGCCAUGGCCAGUUAUAUUCAGGAACUCUGUCAAGCCUACACGACGGGUCUGUUAAAGAAACAAGUACGAUUGUACACGCUACCGCAACAACGAAAACCCGGUACCAACGAACCCAAAGGAGAAUGCAUCUUUCUCAAAAAGAAACCCAACGGAGAAACAUACUGUCCCAUUUGUCCACUCAUUUGUAAAACGUUCCCUCCGGCACAAUUAUUGCGUUGUUGGGAUUAUGAAAUUCCAUGUUUUUCCGUACAAGCACGGCUACAACUCAUGUUGCAACAACACAACAACAACAACAACAACACAGACCAAAACAAUACAGAUGAUCUCAAACCACUCUUUCAAAAACACUUACUCGAAGAACUCAAAAACAAGGUCGGUGUCAAACCACCACAAGGCGUCAGCGAUGUCGUCAUGACGUAUCAUCAAGAAAAAUUAGACAUUAUGGGAUGGCUCAUUCAACAGGGUGCCAAUGCCCACGAUCCAAAAAUUGCCCACUUGCUCAAGCGACACGGAAAUGCCGGAUUCAAAGGACAGGAAAAGAAACAAAAUGCACCCCGACGACUCGAUCGACAAGUCUACAAUCGACUGCGCGAAUGGGGGAUUGCCGUUACGGCAAGAGACUUUCAACUUGUGGAUCUACCCAAUGUGCGAGUGGUGCAACGGGUGGAUUGAUUCGAUUCUCUGGGUUGAAACGAGUGGACAACGCGAUCUUUCAUUCAUUCACUUGCCAUGGUUUGACGAUUGAUAUAUUAUUGGAGACACGACAAUCUGUAUGGUAUGGGUGAUGGCGAGUAUUUCUCGUGAGACGAAUUUCGGGUGGACACGGAAAGCGGAUUUGGGCACACUGUUAUAAUAUGUGGCGUGCCCCUGCAAGACGGCAGUUUAUUACCUGAUUGACGCGCUAUUUUCAUUGUUCUAUUACGGAGACUUGCAUUAUUCAAUUCACGCUCGCUCCGGAGAAGAUCCUUUUGUUUGUCUUCCAUGAAAGGAGUCGAGUCUCUUCGACACAUCGCGGUGCUAUUAUUACGGAGGCUCGCGUUAUGGAUGCCUCGCUCCGAAGGGGGUCCUUUUUGUCUUUCAUGGAAGGAGUCUCUUCGACACAUCUCAUGCGGUGCAAAACGAUACCGGAUGGUAUUCACCGAAAGGAAUUACAGCAGCGUAUUAUUCAUGACGCCGUUUGCCUAGUACAUCUCCCAUGCCAUGUACUCAUCAUCUGUAUGCGACUAUUAUUUUAAAAGCUAUCAUAUUACAUGCUUUUGUAUUCUUCGAAAACCUUGCCGUACUUUAGAUUCAGAUCUUCUCUCACGGUUGCCUUUCGUUGGUUCCAUCCAGCUGAGAGAUGCAGCCACGGGACGAGAGUAAUCCAUUUCAAAAAGUCAGCAUUCUAUUAAUUAAUGUUGCAUC